AUGGCGAUGGGUUCAAAGAGGAAAACUCCGCCAGGGAUUGCGCUUCUGAGGAGAGUCAGAGGAAGGAAUUGGAGCCCGAAGACGUUCCGUUACGCGAUUCUAUUGAUCACUUUCAUCGCGUACGCUUGUUACCACGCGUCUCGGAAACCGAGCAGCAUAGUGAAAAGCGUUCUGCACCCAGACUCGAGCACGAAGCCGCCGCAAGGCGUGAACAAGUAUCCGUGGCCUCUGGGCAACGUUUUCGUCAAGGAAGACGCGGACGCUCUGCUGCUUCGCAAGUCGAAAGGAUGGGAGCCGUUCAACGGGAAAGACGGGACGUCGAGGCUGGGAGAGAUCGACGUGGCAUUUCUGGCUUGUUACUCUCUGGGGAUGUACGUGGCUGGGCAUUUGGGGGAUAGUUUGGAUCUGAGAUUGUUUCUGACUUGGGGAAUGAUUGGGAGUGGGUUCUUCGUUGGGCUGUUCGGGAUGGGUUAUUUCUGGAACAUUCAUGCGUUUUGGUUCUUCCUGGUGAUGCAAAUGGCGGCUGGGCUGUUUCAGGCGACGGGGUGGCCGUCGGUUGUGGCUGUGGUUGGGAAUUGGUAUGGGACGAGGAAGAGAGGGCUUAUAAUGGGGAUUUGGAAUGCUCAUACUUCGGUUGGGAACAUUUGUGGGUCUUUGAUCGCUGCUGGUGUUCUUGAGUAUGGUUGGGGAUGGUCUUUUAUAGCUCCUGGCUUUGUUAUGUCUCUUGGAGGAGUUCUUGUUUACUUGUUCUUGGCUGCUUAUCCUGAGGAUGUUGGGUUUCCGGAUAUUAACUCUAAUUCCGGUAAGUUUAUUAAGAGGAACCGACACGUUGAAGAAGAGGAAGAGGAAGAGGAAGAAGAAGAAGAGGCAGAUGUUGAAGGCGCAGGGGAGGGUUCUGGUUCUGGUUCUGGUUCUGGUUCAGGGUCAGGGUAUGAGCAUAAGAGAAGUGUUGGGCUUUUGCAAGCUUGUAUGAUUCCUGGUGUUAUACCGUUUGCGUUGUGUCUCUUCUUCUCGAAGCUCGUCGCGUACACGUUCUUGUACUGGUUGCCGUUUUAUCUGAGCCAAACAACGAUUGGUGGAGAGUACAUGUCAGUGAAAACAGCAGGAAACCUCUCGACGCUGUUUGAUGUUGGAGGCAUUGUAGGAGGGAUUCUUGCUGGUUACAUAUCGGAUAAGUUCAAGGCGAGAGCCACGACUGCAGCGACGUUCAUGUACGCUGCGAUUCCGGCGAUGCUUGUGUACCAUUCCUACGGAGGUGUCUCUCAGACGGUGAACGUCCUCCUCAUGAUGGUUGCUGGUUUGUUUGUCAAUGGACCUUACGCGCUCAUCACAACCGCGGUCUCGGCUGAUCUCGGCACGCACAAGUCUUUGCAAGGCGACUCGAGGGCGCUCGCGACCGUGACUGCGAUUAUUGACGGGACUGGCUCUGCUGGUGCGGCUUUGGGUCCUCUUCUGACAGGGUUUCUUUCGACUUUGGGUUGGCAAGCUGUGUUCUAUAUGUUGGUCGCUGGAGCUCUUUGUGCUGGGUUGCUUUUGACCCGUCUGGUUAUUGCUGAGAUUAGAGAGAAGCUUGGAUAUGUUGAUGAAGUUCCUGCGUCUGAACCACUCUUAAACGAGAGAAGAUGA